AUGCCACGGUCACGGACAAGGUCACGGUCACGGACAAGGCCACGGUCACGGACAAGGCCACGGUCACGGAUACAAGGCCACGGUCACGGACAAGGCCACGGUCACGGACAAGGCCACGGUUACGUACAAGCCAUACGCGUACAAGGCCACGGUCACGGACAAGGCCACGGUCACGGACACAAGGCCACGGUCACGGAUAAGGCCACGGUCACGGACAAGGCCACGGUCACGAUAAGGCCACGGUCACGGACAAGGCCACGGUAUGGCGGCGCCACGGACACGAGGCGGCCACGGCUACGGCAUAGGGCCACGGUCACGGACAAGGCCAGCUACGUCACGACACAAGGCCACGAUCACGGACAAGGCCACGGUCACGGACAACACGGUCACGGACAAGGCCACGGUCACGGACAAGGCCACGGCUACGGACAAGGCCACGGCUGGCAAGGCGCUAUGGCGGCAAUGCUACGGGUCGCGGCGGUAACAUAG